UCUGAGCCUGGAGUUGUGAGUGCUACACAAGAUGUCUGUGAGUCUGUGGCUGUCAGUGGGCUGCUGCUGUUGCUGCUGCUGAUUUGAGCCUUGACUGACAUGACUGAACCACGCCAUCGUUGGAAAGACGUUGGAAAGGGGGAAGUCGUCGACGAUGACGCUAGGUGGAGGAAGGCGUUGCUCGGCGCUCUUGCUGGGAACUGACUAGAGGAACGGAAAAUGGCGGAUCUCGAAGACGUUACCCUGGACGGGAGACCGCUCCAGUCCCUUCGAGUAGCAGAUUUGAAAGCUGCUCUUGAGGAGAGAGGACUCUCGAAAAGCGGACAGAAGAAUGCUCUCAUUAAAAGACUUAAGGGGGCUCUCAUGCUGGAGAAUCUGCAGAGGACCUCCACCGCUCACGUUGGACUGCAGCCAAACUCACAGAUUGGUGAGGAAAUGAGCCAGAACAGCUUUAUCAAGCAGUAUCUGGCUAAACAACAGGAGCUCCUGAGGCAGCGCCUAGAGAGAGAGGCCCGCGAAGCAUAUGAAACAAAUGAGGAAGAGGACCACGCAGAAGUUAAUAACAGUACCUCAUGCCCUCCCCAAGCCCAGGAUGUCACACCAGCAGUGGCUGAGCAGCACAAGCCACCUGGCCCCUCUGGUGGAGAGGGAUUGUUUGGUGCAGUGAAUGAGGGAGAGGGUGACAGGAACCAGGAGGCUGACAUGUCUGGUCCUCCUGCUUCUGGCUCUGUGGCUAUGCGUGUUCCUGGUGGUGAGCAGCGGCCAGAGAGGGGUUCUGUGUCCAACGAAGUCGCCGCUGACAGCGACGAUGAGGAUAGCGAGGAUGGCGAGGAGGAUGGUGACGAUGACGAUUGGGACAGUGGUGCUCGGAGGAGAAGCCUCAGAGAGCCAGCCAGAGUGCCCACGACCAGAGAAAGGUCUGGAGCAUCCUGUCAACCCCAGCAGCAACACAUGCCUUCCCUUUUGUCCCCUCAACUCCGCCAGCCAACACCUCCUCCCUCCCCGCCUCCAGAGUUAUCAUUCCCCUUGCCUGACACCCCUAAGCAGAGCCCACCUAGUCCAGAUGUAGCCCCAGCUAGGCGCUCACCCAGUACCUCCAGCUCUGGUUCCUCCAGCAGCGGCAGCCGCAGUAGCAGCCCAGAGCCACAGAGAAGUGGACACGCAGAGCGCAAGCCUGGCCCGCUGACCCUUCUGGCACGUAAGAUGGCGUCAGAAGGUGCUUUCUCGGGAGCAGGUUGGCACGGUGGUAAUGGGGAAGGCAACAGGCAAGACAGCAGUUCACCUUCAGCUACAUCAAUACCUGGCAGAGGACAUCCAGAGGGUCUGGUAUCUGCCAUCACUCACACAGCCAACACUGGCCAUGUGCCAUUUCCCAUGAUUCCAGGCACCAACCAGAGUGUCACAGGAGCACAUUCGGCCAAUAUUCAAGUACCUGUGAGUGUGCUCAAGGCCACUGCAACAGAAGAGAGGGAAUCUGAGAUAGAAAGAGAAAAGGUCCUUGAUCUGGAAAGGCAAGAGAAGCAGAGAAAAGUUGAGCAAGAACGAGCAAUGGAGGAAGAGCGGGAAAGAGCUCUUGCACUCGAGACAGAGGAAAGAGAGAGAGCUCUGGAGAAAGAGAAAAUUGAACGACAGCAGGCCUUAGAAAGAGAAGAACGAGAAAAGGCUUUGCAGCGGGAGAGGGAACUUGCUCUAGAACGAGAGAGGCAGGAGAGGGAACUAGCUUUGGCUAAAGAGAGGGAAGAGCGAGAGCAAGCCUUAGCACAAGAGAGGGCCCUGGAGCUCGAGAGGCAGAAAGAGCUCGAGAGGCAGAAAGAGCUCGAGAGGCAGAAAGAGCUCGAGAGGCAGAAAGAGCUCGAAAGACAGAAAGAGCUCGAAAGACAGAGGGCCCUGGAGCUUGAGAGGCAGAGAGAGAUUGAAAGACAGAGAGCCCUGGAGCAAGAACGUCUGCAGAGAGAAAAAGAGGAGAGGGAGAAGCGAGAGAGAGAAGAAAUGGAGAGAGCGAUGGAGCUAGAAAGAGCCAAGGCUUUGGAGCAGGAAAGGAAGGAGAGAGAGAGGGCUCUUGAGGAAGAGAGGUUAGAGAGGGAAAGAGCUCUGGAGGCUGAGAGAAAGGAGAAGGAGAGGGUUGAGAGAGAAAAGGCUUUGGAGCAGGAAAGGUUGGAAAGGGAAAGGUUAGAGAGGGAGAAAGCCUUAGAGCAAGAGAGAAUAGAGAGAGAGAAAGCCCUGGAGCAAGAGAGACUAGAAAGGGAGAGAGCCCUAGAGCAAGAGAGACUAGAAAGGGAGAGAGCCCUAGAGCAAGAGAGACUAGAGAGAGAGAAAGCCAUAGAGCGAGAGAGAAUUGAGAGAGAGAAAGCUCUAGAGCAAGAAAAGUUGGAGAGGGAGAGAGCCCUAGAACAGGAGAGGUUAGAGCUUGAGAAGAAGGAAAAGGAGAGAAUUGAGAGAGAGAAAGCAUUGGAGCUAAAGAGGAUAGAGAGGGAAAAGGCCUUGGAACGAGAGAGGGAGGAAAAAGAGAGGGUGGAGAGAGAGGCAGCUCUGAAACAAGAGAGGAUGGAAAAGGAAAGAGCCGAGAAGGAGAGGAAAGAGAGACUGGAGAGGGAGAAAGCUCUAGAGCAGGAGAAACUUGAAAGGGAGAGAGCCUUGGAACAGGAGAGGAAGGAGAAGGAGAGGGCUCUCGAACGUGAAAGGUUAGAGAAGGAGAAAGCCAUGCAGAAAGAAAAGGAGGAGCAAGAGAGGGCCCUGGAACAGGAAAAAGAGAGAGCUAGGAUGGCUGAAAAGGAAAGGGAGAGUCACCUCCCUCCAUUCAAACGUGGCCGUGAGAUUGGUCUCACCCCCCUGUCCACUCCUCCCCCCCUCUCUACAGGACCAGUUAAAAAGUCAUCGACUGAGGCAGGAGAGCUUGAAGAUGUCCAUGCUCCAAUGUCCCGGAGUGAAGCAGCAGAAUCUGGUGCAUCCAUGUCACCAACACCUCUGUCGCCUCAGUCCUCAUUCAAGAAGUUCCGGUUCAUAAGGGACUCGCCAAUUCAGCCCCAAUCUUCCUCCACUUCCAUGGUUAUCAAGCAGCCCCGUAACUUCUCUAAUACCCCCCAGCCUCAGGCCUCACCUGUCUCCUCCCUCGCCAAUGUCGGGGAACGACAGCAGGAAGGACACCAGCCCUCCACUGAACAGGAAGUUCCACAGAUGCGGACAAAACAAGAGGUUGUUGCUAUGCCGAUGGGAAAUGUGGGGAUCCAGCCUGAGAACGAGACCACUGUUAGUACCACACUGGUCCAGAGUCCCAAAAAAGAAGGGGCCACAAGCCACGUAUCGGAGAACAAAGAAAAAGCAGAUUCAUUGAAGACAGAACGGGCUGCCAUGGAAUCCACCAAAAAAGCAAAAGAAGUAGAUAAAAGCAAGGGUUUGUUGGAUGCUGCACAGCAGAGGGGAAGAGAUGCAAAGAAGGAAGAAAAACAAGCAAGACAAAGAUCAUCGUCUAAUGAUUCCUCUUCCUCAGAAUCGGACUCUGGGUCCUCAUCAUCUCGAUCUUCUGGCUCAUCCACAUCUUCUCAAGAGAAAACCUGCUCCACUUCAAGAGGUAGAAGGGAAGGGAAACCUGAAAGAGAUUCUUCACCACAGCACAGGGCGAAACUAGAGGCUCAGACUGACUGUUUAAAAGAAACUCCAAAAGCCUCCCCUUGCAAAAGAGAGAUGUCUGUAGAGAAGAGUAACACAACUGCUGAUGGAGACAGUCACACCAAGAAACCGUUUAUUAAAGCACCAACCAGAGAGGAGACACAAAGGAAGAGAAAGGACAGCGAGGGAGAGGAGGAAAAGGACAAACAAAGGCAGGUGAAGGAGAUUGCCAUGGCAGAGUCAGAGAAGCUUCCAGAGACCAGUGAGGAGACACCAAAGGCCUUCUCAGCUCGUAAGAUCUCUCUUAGCAGCAGUAAAUUAUCCCCAGGCACUGGCAGUGUAGAGGGCGAGCAGGAGUUUGGGGCCGCAGCCGGUCGCAAGAGGAGGUGGGGCUCCAGCACAGCUGUCACUGCCAAGAAACCUUCCAUCAGCAUCACCACAGAUUCACUCAAGUCUCUGAUCCCAGACAUUCGGCCGUGUCUCGGCCAGGAGGCAGUAGUGGACCUGCACCCGGAGGAAGCCGUCCUUUCUGGGGCUGAGGAUGAAGAGAGGGAGCGCUCUGACCAGGACCUUCAGAUCCGACGCACUGUCACACAGGUGGUGCACUCGGAGAGCCAGGAGAAUGGACAGAAAGGGCCAAAGAGGAGCAGACAUGAAGAUUUGGAGGAGGAUGACCUGCAGGGAGACAGAGAGAGGACAAGGGAGCAUGAAGAGAAGAUGGACACCUCAUUUCCUGGAGCCAUCGAAACCCAGUCUCCAUCACAUACUAGCCAUGAUGUAGACAUCAACACUGUGACCCCCAGCGACACCCUCAUUCGUCGCUCCAUCAGCCAGCAGAAAACAGGUGUUUCCAUCACAAUCGAUGACCCUGUUCGCACGGCCCGGCAGCCCUCGCCACCUCGUGGCAAAGUCUCCAGCAUUGUUCACAUCAGCAACCUGGUGAGGCCGUUCACUCUUGGGCAGCUUAAGGAGCUGCUUGGCAGAACUGGAACCCUGGUGGAGGAGGGCUUCUGGAUUGACAAAAUCAAGUCUCACUGCUACGUCACUUACUGUAGCUGUGAGGAGGCAGUGGCUACACGGGCAGCUCUUCAUGGAGUGAAAUGGCCUCAGAGCAAUCCAAAAGUCCUUAGCGUAGACUUCUGCCAGCAGGAUGAGCUGGACUUCCACAAAGGCUUGGGUACAGCUGACAGACCCGGAGCAGAGGAACAGGGGCCCGGCCGUGGUCGAACAUCGGGCCUGCCCUCUCUCCUCCCAGAGCGAGACCAGUGGGCCGAGCGUGAGCGUGAGAUGGAGCGCCGGGAGAGGACUCGCGCAGAGCGGGAGUGGGAUCGCGACAAAGUCAGAGAGUUUGGUAAACCUGGAGAAGAGAAGGAGGGAGGUCCCCGGAGGUCACGCUCCAGAGAGAGACGACGCAAGGAGAGGGGAAAGAGCAAGGAGAAGAAGACUGAGAAGAAAGAGAAAACGGCUGAGGAUCCCCCUGCAAAGCUGCUUGAUGAUCUGUUCCGCAAAACUAAAGCAGCUCCUUGCAUAUACUGGCUUCCACUUUCAGAGGAACAGUUUGUUCAGCGGGAAGCUGCCAGAGCAGAACGGAUGAAAGAGCGUGAGAAACGGAGGAAGGAGCAAGAGGAGGAGGAGGAGAAAAAAAGGGAAGAGGAGCGCAAGGAGCGGAUGAAAGCCGGAGCCGGCACAGCAGGAGAGCGGAGUGAGGGUGAGAAGGACAAGACAAGGACAAGGACAGAGAGAGAGACAGAGACCGAGGUAGAGACAGAGACAGAGACAGGGAGAGAGAGAGGGAGAGGGAGAGGGAGAACGACAAACGCAGGGAUGGCUACCGUAGGCCGGGGGGCAGCGGGGCAGGCGGGGGUCGGCGCUCCCGCAGCCGCAGUGAUCCACGAGAAAGGCGGCGUUAAUGGCCGAUCGACUGAUGGAACUGUCCUAGAGACCACCCUCUUCCAUUUGCCUUUCACUACAUGUACUUUGUUACAACUAAGACCCAACAGAGGACCAACUGAUGUCGUCACCAUCUCUCAAAUUGUCACCUUUUUUAAAGCACAUCUACACCUACACACAGUCAAGCUUAAAGGGGACCAUGAUUUUUUUUGCAGUGUUGUUUCCCAGAGUGCUGUACGUCUUGCUCCUGUCGAGGUUUGAUAUAUUUUGUUUAUACGUUUGCCUCUUUUUUUCUUUGUUUUUUGUCUUGACGGCAUAGCAGUAUGGCACGCUGGGUAAUUUUAAUGAUUUCCCCCAAUGUUCCCCAUUUUCCUGUAAGUGUAGGUGCCAAUUAUGAUUUGCAAUCAAUUGUCGUUGCCUGGGUGUUUUUAACAGCUCUGCGAUUUGGAUGAGGAAUUAUUUUGUUGCUGCAUGUAGUCCAAGGCUCUCCUCGUCAGUCCUGCCUGAAGAGAAAACUCGGCCCUCUGUCCAGAGGCUUGCGGAAAUCCGAAAAUAUUGGAAUAGGUGUGUUUGGCAUUUUGUACAGACAUAUAAGAUUACUCAAAAUCAAGUCUUUAAAUGGAGCAGCUCGGGAGUAUUUUUGGACAGGUGUUGAAAAACUACUAAGGCAAAUGCAGUGUUCCUCUCUCCUUUUAGUUAAGAGAUGAGACAAUUCUCGGGGGGCGGGGAGGGGGGGGUCUAUGUCUGUCACCUGACACAAGUUAUGAUUAUGUCCUUAUCAUCGAUUCUCUUCUUUCUCCCUCCUUUCCUCCCGUUCUCUUACCCUGUAGUGUCAAUACAGGCCCAAGAGGGGAGGUUGCAUUAUGAGUUUUCUCACCAAUGGUUUUAAUAUUGUUUUUUAAUCAUUAUUUUAUCAUUUUAGUACCAAGGUUUGUUUUCGUUUUUUAAUUUCUUCUUUGAGUACGCCUAUCAGUGGUGAAUGUACAAAUAAUAAAAAUUGAAAUUUGAAA